AUGGCUCGAUUAUCGACGGCUUCGCAACAUACGCCCAGCUCCUCCGCCGAGAAGGGUGUAGCCGAACUCAACCAACUCCUCCGUCGACUCGAUCAGACCAUCCUACACGCUGACGAGGGCCGCGAGCGCAGGUUACGAGCUAGCGAAUUCGAGCGAGCGAGGCUGAACUCUAACCUUAACUAUGCGCGGAGUCUUCUUACCAGAAUCGAGCAGGAGGCGAUGCACAUCAAGCUUCUUUCCCGGAGGCAAGAUAUGCAAGCUGAUCUGAACCGGAAGCGCGAACUUUUGGAGCGUCUAGUGGACAGAAUGCACGAUCUGGAACAGUUACACGAAGAGGACGAUGACAACAGCUCUGGUAGCGAGGAUAUCCUGGCCGACAUUAUACCCACACCGAGCGAAAGCAUGGACUCGCGAUCGACAGGUAUACCGACGGAUUACACAGGGGACCAAGACGAAGACGAAGACGAAGAACCCGAGAUACCCGACCUUCCUCCGCCAGUCUCGGCGCUGCCCACGGAACCAUCACAGCCUCCUCCAGCGGCAACGGCUUCAGAAGCGGAGCAACCGCUGUCACAUCAGCCGCCAGAAACAACUGCCGAAAUAGGAACGACAACCACCCAGAGCCUCCGUUCUCGUGGGCCCAUCCGCCCCGACUCGCCCACUGCGGCGACGACAGCAACAGCGCGCGCGGCUCUCUUCGCCUCCCGCCGCUCCAACACCAGCAAGUCUGCAGCGUCGGCCCCGGCUUCAUCAACAGCAACGGCGGAGGCCAUCCUGGACCACCAGCGCGCUGAGCAGGAUGCGCUGUCCGAGUCAAUCUUGAAGAUGGCCAGUGCGCUCAAAGCCAGCUCACAGAAGUUCUCUGACACCCUUGAGCAAGACAAGAACGUGGUGUCGCGCGCGGCUGAUGGGAUGGACAAGACGGAACGGUCGAUGGACGCGGCAAGCCGAAGGAUGGGCACGUUGCGGAAGAUGACGGAGGGCAAGGGGUGGUGGGGCCGGAUGAUACUCUACGCAUGGGUAUACGGGCUCAUGGUUGGGUUGAUUUUGGUUGUGUUUGUGAUGCCCAAGUUGAGGUUUUAG